AUGGUGGACACGACCGUGAAUGCGCAGGUGUAUGACAUCGACGGCUUCGGCACGCCCGCAGCGACGAUCCGACGGCUGCAGGCGGCGGGGCGCAAGGUGAUUUGCUACUUCAGCUUCGGGUCCGCCGAGGACUACCGUGCCGACUACAGCCUGUUCCCGCGCUCCACGCUCGGUGGACUCGUCUGCAACAGCGACGACUGUUCCGAGGUGUGGGAGGGCGAGCGGUGGCUGGAUGUUCGCAGCAACGUGGUGCGGAGUGUACUGGAGAAGCGUGUAAAGCUGGCAAAGCGCAAGGGGUGUGAUGGCAUAGAGCCGGACAACUUGGACGCGUGGAGCAACAACAUCAUGUACAAGACCAUCAGCCGCUUUAAGAUCACCGCUGCUGACCAGGCCAACUUCAACCUCUGGAUCGCCCGCACCGUGCACAAGUACGGCAUGUCAGUGGGCCUCAAGAACCCUGGCUCCCUGCUGCCCUCCCAGAUGGCAGCUGCGUUUGACUGGGCGCUGGUGGAGCAGUGCAACGAGUACAGCGUGUGGGGCGGCGGCGGCGCGUGGUACAGCGGGAGGUACGGCUGCGACUACGCGAACGAGUUCAUUGUGCGCAGCAAGGCUGUGUUCAUCGCCGAGUAUAUGGACUCCUGGGGGACAGCCGUGGGGCGCAAGAAUGGGAUUCAGUUCCCCCAGGACCUCGAGCCGGGCUACGCUACGCCUCCUCCACUCACAUCUCGUUCCCUUGCUACUGCUUCUCUUGCUACUGCUCCCCCCUCCCGCCAAGCCAUGUGUGCGGACAACAAUGCACACGGCUUCACAACGCGCCUCUACAACAUGGACCUUGAGCCGGGUUACCGUUACCCCUUCGCUGACUGCCUGCGCCACAAGCCUGCCGGGUGCAACUCGGUGUGGCAGCAGUGCGUGCAACCCUCUGUAUCAAUCGUUCAUGCGCAGCGGGAUGAAGCGGUGGGAUGCGGUGGGGCAGUGCAUGCGCAGCAAGGGCUCGGGUGGGGUAAGCGCGGGAAGAGCGCGGGUGGCGUGUUGGCGCAGCUGAGGGGCAGCAGUGUGGCGGCUGAUGCGCUGACAGCCCCUGGCGAUGCCAACGCCACCGGCGUGCUCGAAAUCACCCUCCUCCAGAACGGCACGGACUACGACGUGGCCUUCACGGCGCGCAUCUCCCUCUCGACUGACGCUGCGCCCACGGCGCUCACUCUCAACAGCGGUACUGCCGCAACGACCGGCGCGGCUCUGCUGGACUUUUCCACGGCCACGGGCACUGACGGCGCAUCCCCCCCUGCGUGGACCAGCGCCGCCUCGCCCUCCCCUGGCAGCGGCCCCAUGGGGCGCGCAUGGGGCCGCCUGCAGCGUGCAGUGGGGCGCUCUGCGCGCCUGGCAGGGCUGCACACAUUCACUCUCACAGGCGUGUGGCGCGCUGCCGCCACCGUGGCUGCUGAGGACGGCGUGCAGACGGUGAAGGACGUGGCGCUGGCGCUUGUGAUGCAGCCCCGCACCUUCUAUGCUCUCGUGGCUUCCCCGGGGUUUGAGGCCGGCGCUGCUAGGGGUCAGUUCCAGAAGGCGCCGGGCUUAGGAACUGAAGUGUGA